GGGUGGGGGUGGGGGGUGAUUGCCGGUCGUUUGUUGUGGCUGUUAAAUUUUAAACUGCCAUGCACUCGGCUUCCAGUAUGCUGGGAGCGGUGAAGAUGGAAGGGCACGAGCCGUCCGACUGGAGCAGCUACUAUGCCGAACCCGAGGGCUACUCCUCGGUGAGCAACAUGAACGCCGGCCUGGGGAUGAACGGGAUGAACACUUACAUGAGCAUGUCGGCGGCCGCCAUGGGCAGUGGCUCGGGCAACAUGAGCGCCGGCUCCAUGAACAUGUCGUCGUACGUGGGCGCGGGCAUGAGCCCGUCCCUGGCCGGCAUGUCUCCCGGGGCGGGCGCCAUGGCCGGCAUGGGCGGCUCGGCCGGGGCGGCCGGCGUGGCGGGCAUGGGGCCGCACCUGAGCCCCAGCCUGAGCCCCCUCGGGGGCCAGGCGGCCGGGGCCAUGGGCGGCCUGGCGCCCUACGCGAACAUGAACUCGAUGAGCCCCAUGUACGGGCAGGCCGGCCUGAGCCGCGCGCGCGACCCCAAGACCUACCGGCGCAGCUACACGCACGCCAAGCCGCCGUACUCGUACAUCUCGCUCAUCACCAUGGCCAUCCAGCAGAGCCCCAACAAGAUGCUGACCCUGAGCGAGAUCUACCAGUGGAUCAUGGACCUCUUCCCCUUUUACCGGCAGAACCAGCAGCGCUGGCAGAACUCCAUCCGCCACUCGCUCUCCUUCAACGACUGCUUCCUCAAGGUGCCCCGUUCGCCCGACAAGCCCGGCAAGGGCUCCUUCUGGACCCUGCACCCCGACUCGGGCAACAUGUUCGAGAACGGCUGCUACCUGCGCCGCCAGAAGCGCUUCAAGUGCGAGAAGCAGCUGGCCCUGAAGGAGGCCUCGGGCGCCGCUGGCGGCAGCAAGAAGACGGCUGCCGGGGCCCAGGCCUCGCAGGGGCAGCUCGGGGAGGCCGCCGGGCCGGCCUCGGAGACUGCGGCCGGCACCGAGUCGCCCCACUCGAGCGCUUCCCCGUGCCAGGAGCACAAGCGAGGGGGGCUCGGGGAGCUGAAGGGGACGCCAGCCACAGCGCUGAGCCCCCCGGAGCCGGCGCCGUCGCCUGGGCAGCAGCAGCAGGCCGCGGCCCACCUGCUGGGCCCUCCCCAUCACCCGGGCCUGCCCCCCGAGGCCCACCUGAAGCCCGAGCACCACUACGCCUUCAACCACCCCUUCUCCAUCAACAACCUCAUGUCUUCCGAGCAGCAGCACCACCACGGCCACCACCAUCACCAGCCCCACAAAAUGGACCUCAAGGCCUACGAGCAGGUGAUGCACUACCCGGGCUACGGCUCCCCCAUGCCAGGAAGCCUGGCCAUGGGCCCGGUCACGAACAAAGCGGGCCUGGACGCCUCGCCCCUGGCUGCAGACACCUCCUACUACCAGGGGGUGUACUCCCGGCCCAUUAUGAACUCCUCUUAAGAAGACGGAGGCUUCCCGCCUAGCUCGGACUGGACGAGAGAGGAGGCGGGGAUGGAGACUUUGAGAAAGGGGUGCUGGAAAGAUGCAGGGGAGCAGGACCCAUCACACCCCUGCCCCGAUAGCAGUCUCCCUCCUCCUCCUCUGCAGCCCUUCCUCCCCCAUCUGGGCCACACUGAUGUCUAUCAUCUUGUAUAAGGAGGGCAAGGGAAAAAAGAUAAACAGUCAAAAAGGAAGAAAGAAAAGCCUCAGUUUCCACUACUGUGUAGACACCUGCUUCUUUAAGCACCUGCGAAUUUUGACUUUUUGUUGUCGUGGUUCCUCUCCAUUGCUGUUGUUGCAGGGAAGUCUUACUUUAUUAAAAACAGAAACAAACAAACAAAAAAACAAAAAACAAAAAAGAAAAAAACACAAACUUUUGUGACUCAGUGUAAAACCACGUAGUUUUAACAGAGGACAGAGUUGUACUACUGUUUAAGAAAGAGGAAAAAAAAAAAAAAAACAAUGUAAGGGUCUGUUGUAAAUGACCAAGAAAAAGAAAAAAAAAAAAAGCAUUCUCAUUCUUGACACGGUGAAAUCCAGGUCUCAAGUCUGAUUAAUUUAUGGUUUCCGCGUGCUUUAUUUAUGGCUUAUAAAUGUGUGUUCCUACUGCAAGGACCAGAGUUCCACAAAUCUAUAUUAAAGUGUUAUUGCCAGUUUUAUGCUUUGAA